AUGACUGUGAUCGUCGACAGUACCCUUCUCCAGGUGGCAGGUUUGGCUGUGGCCACCUUAGGCUGGGUCCUGUCCAUUACCUCCUUGGUCCUCGUGGAGUGGCGAGUCUGGUACAUGGAGAGCACCUCACCGGGCCUGGCCUGCGUGGGAAUGUGGGGAGUCUGCACCUAUCAGCGCAGCGGCAACUCCAACCAAGUCAAAUCGUGUUACCAGUACCCCUACCACGACACCUUCCUCCCUCUUGAUAUUCGCGUUUCCCAGCACCUCCUGCUGGCCGCCAACAUUCUAGGGCUCUUGGGGAAAACUGCCAUCAUCCUUGCACUUAGGAACAUAAGCAUGGGAAUUCGCCCGAAGAAUGUCACCUGCAGCCCGUUCAUUGUCCCGGGAAUGCUGCACAUCACUUCCAGUAUCUGCAUCACCGUCAUCGUGGUCUGGAAUUACUACUCCGUCAUAAGCAUGGAGGGGAUCCCCUUCCCACCAUCCUACAACUUGCCCUUCAAGCCGGACACUCAGGAAACUGGCAGCGCCGUCUUACUGGCAGCUCUGGCCGCCUUCCUGAUGCUGCUGAGUGGGCUGUUUUACCUCUCUUAUAAAUUCCCCCGGGGCAACAAAGUGCAUCCUGAGGUCUGAAACCGAAUUCCCUAGCUGCUCUGUCUUUGCAAAUCCAUGACUCCCGGGAGGUUGGGGGAGGUAUUACCAAAUGUUUGCAAGGACUCAAGACCAAGGUAGUUGGGACACGAAGAAACCAACUUUUUCUUUUGUUGUCUUCUCUAUCUGAAUUUGAAUCAUUACUUGGUUGAAUUAAGAACCUUCAUUAAAAAAUGUGUAUCU